GAGCCUUCAGUGCUGCGGACUAUUCACGUUGUUGAUCAUCAGAGUACUUCCUGUUCUGACGAAAUUGCCCGAUUGACAGCAUCCUUCAGCAAUGUCUCGAUUCUUUGCCAGGUCUGACAGUGAGUCAGAGGAGUCCUCAUCUGACGAUGAGAUCACUGAUAAAGCACCAGGAGCCACUUUCAAGCAGUCGCUGCUUCUUAGCGACGAUGAGGAGGACACAAAAAGAGUGGUGCGCAGCGCCAAAGAUAAAAGGUUUGAAGAGUUGACGAACCUCAUAAAGACUAUCCGCAACGCUAUGAAGAUUCGAGACAUGUCCAAAUGUCUGGAGGAGUUUGAGCAGCUUUGUCGAGCCUUCCUUAAAAGCAAGAAUAUAGUGGAUAAAGAGGGUAUUCCUCCCUUCUAUAUCCGCCUUCUGGCUGACUUGGAGGACUACUUGAACCAGCUUUGGGAGGAUAAAGAGGGGAAGAAGAAGAUGAACAAGAACAAUGCAAAAGCUCUCAGCACCCUGCGUCAGAAGAUCCGCAAGUACAACAGAGACUUUGAGUCAGAAAUAGCAGCAUACAAGGAGAAUCCACAGGAGUCUGCAGAUGAGGAGGAGGAGGAGGAGAAGGAGCCAGAGGACUCUGGCUCGUCCUCUGACAGUGAAGGAGAGGUGUCAUCAAAGUCCUUCUUGAAGAAAAAGCCUGAGGCGCCUUCAGAAGCCACCGACCGUUCUCAGACUGCCAAGGAAUCUGAGGAUAAGUCCUCUUCUUCUGAUGAAGAUGAUGAUGAUGAUGAUGAUGAUGAUGAUGGAGACUGGAGCCCAAGCGACUCAGACAGCAGGAGUGAAACCUCUGAUAAGGAAGAAGAAAAUGCCUUAAAGAGGAAGCGUCUUGUGACCUUCCUCAAAGUUAAAAGGUCCCAGGACACUGAAAAGCCUGGAGUCAGGAAGGAUGAGAGGAAGAAGAAGCCCAAACAGAAAGAACAAAUUGAGGAGGAGGCUGAGGAGGAAGGAGGCUGGGAGAAGGUUAACAGAGGAGUACCUCUGGUUAAGGAGAAACCCAAAAUGUUUGCUAAAGGCACCGAGAUCAACACAGCGGUGGUGGUGAAGAAGCUGAAUGAGAUCCUGCAAGCAAGAGGCAAAAAGGGAACAGACAGGGCGGCUCAAAUUGAGCUAUUUCAUGCUCUGGCAGCCAUCGCUGCAGAGAAUAACUUGGGCCAAGGUAUCCUGGUCAAGAUCAAGUUCAACAUCAUUGCCUCCUUGUACGACUACAACCCCAACCUGGCAGCCUUCAUGAAACCUGACAUGUGGAAAAAGUGUCUGGAUUGUAUAGAUGAGCUGCUGGACAUUCUCUUUGAGCACAACAACAUCUUCAUUGGAGAGAACAUCGCAGAGGACAGCGAGAAUCUGGCCGUCUCCGAUCAGCCUUUCAGGGUGCGCGGAUGCAUCUUAACCCUGGUAGAAAGGAUGGAUGAAGAAUUUACAAAGAUCAUGCAGAACACUGAUCCCCACUCUCAGGGUGAGUGGAAAAUCCAAGAAGAGUCACUGAGGACCUAUCUGUUCACCUACAGCAGUGUAUACGACUCCAUCAGCAUGGCUACGCUGUCUGAGAUGUUUGAAUUGGAGAUGCCCACAGUCCACAGCAUAAUCAGCAAGAUGAUCAUCAACGAGGAGCUGAUGGCGUCACUCGACCAGCCCACACAGACGGUAGUGAUGCACCGCACUGAGCCAACGUCUCUGCAGAACAUGGCUCUACAGCUGGCAGAGAAACUGGGCAACUUGGUGGAGAACAACGAGCGCGUCUUUGACCUCAAACAGGGCGUCUAUGGAGGUUACUUCAACAGGGAUCAGAAAGGUGGCUACCAACAGAAGCAAUCCUACCAGAGAGAUCAGAAAUCUUACCAGCAGAAGCAGUCGGGUUACCAGAGAGGCGGUUACAGGAAUCAAAAUCAAGGAAAUUAUUGAGCUUGAAGUUUGUGGAUUUCAGUUUUUCCAGUAGAGCUGGUCUUCAUUUCAAAACAAGAUCAACACCCCAUGUUUGUGUGCUUGGCUCUUGGCCGUGCUCCCUCAAUAAAACUGUUUUGCUGCUACUCCAA